AUUAUGUAAGAAAAACAAUAGAAAAAGAACAGAUCGAUCUAGAAACUUUUCUUGACAAUAUUAAGCCUUUAAAGCUUACCUUGAAUUAUCUGAAAGAAGUAGAAGUUGAAGAAUUUAAAAAUCUUGUCGAUUUAGUACUGGAAAAAUUAAAAAAUCAACCUAAUUAA